UAUACUGUGUGAUAGUUACACAAACAGUUUUCCGCCUAUGUUUCAACUUCAUUGCGCACUGCAUUUCAUUUUCUAACUCACUUGGAUUAAUUCUUACAACUGGCGAAUUUUGUUGAAGUUUUUCCAAAAUGAGGACUAUGGCUAUCAUCACGGGCGAUUCCGGAGGCGCCCCGGUGUCGGAUGACAGAGGGGCGCUGCGGGAAGAAAGAGAGACCUUGACAACCGGAGGAGAACGCGAAUCAAAUGAAAUGGAGACAAUACCUAUCACAGAAGGCAUGCAGAAUGGGAAAAAGAUUAAAAAGCCCCUUGAUAACAAUAUCUACUCUACAAAGAAAACUGUUGCACAGGGAAUGAUGGAUUUGGCUCUGCUUACUGCCAAUGCUUCUCAGCUGAAGCUUAUCUUAAAAUAUAAUCAAGAAAAGAGCGCUGUAUUUUUCAUACACAUUACUUGCAUAUGUAUCUCCAUAGCAUUACAGAUUGUAGUUGGAGUCUUGCUGAUUGUGAAUUCUCGUUACAACAUUAACCGACCAUCCCACCAUUCCAGAGCGGAUCUUAUGAACAAUCUGACUGUGAUCGGUAUUUUCCUCAUUACCGUAGUCAACGUAAUAGCCUCAUCAUUCAGUGACUCUACAUGAGAAUGAAGUGUGAUAUAGUUAUGAAAAUUUUGUUUCAGAUAGCCAGUCAUAGUCAACAUCUAUAGUUAUGCAUCAUUUCAGUUUCUAGUUUAAAAUACAGACUUUAUUACAUCUUUUAAUGGAUGCUGAGGAUAAAUUCACAAACUUAAUAAUUUAUUUUACAAUAUAAGUAUUUUGUGCUUUACUUUAAGCACACAAGCUAAUCUGUGAUUUUUAUUUUAAAUCAACAUUUUAUAUGUACAUAAUAAAAUAUUUCUUAAAGAAUGG